AUGUCAUCCACAAUCAAACCCAUUCAGCUCUACGGUGGCAUCCUCGGCCCCAACCCCCUCAAAGUCGGACUCAUCCUCACCCUCCUCGAAUUACCAUAUGAACCCGUUUCAGUCCCCUUCGCGAAGGUGAAGGAGCCCGAGUACCUAGCGCUCAAUCCCAAUGGGCGCCUACCUGCGAUCCAUGACCCAAACACCGACCUCACCAUUUGGGAGAGCGGCGCCAUCAUCGAGUACCUCAUAGAGCGCUACGAUACCAAUGAACCCCGCAAACUCAGCUUCACACCCGGCAGCGCAGAGGCCGAGCUUGCACGCUCAUUCCUCUAUCUUCAGGUCUCCGGCCAGGGUCCGUACUACGGACAAGCCUUUUGGUUCAAAAUCUACCACGAGGAGAAGAUCCCUAGUGCAGUGGAACGCUAUGUCAACGAAGCGAAACGCGUGACAGGCGUGCUUGAUAAGUGGCUGGCUAAGCAGAAGGAGGCCAACAAGGAUGUUGGAGAUGGUCCCUGGUUGGUUGGCAACAAGAUGUCGUACGCUGAUCUGGCGUUCAUUCCUUGGCAACUCAGCGCACGGAAAACACUCGCUGAUGCGGGGUUCAACGUUGAUGAGUCCCCGAAUGAGAACGAGUGGUAUGAGCGUAUGACGUCCAAAAAAGCAAUCAAGGAUGUUAUGGAUUCUGCGGCUGAGCAGAUGGCCAAGGGGCAUUAG